AAUAUCCCGAUAGUCAGAUCCUCCUCACGAGAGGGAAGGAGAUCUGAGGCUUGGAGGGAGCGGGAAAUCCGCCCCAUAUAACUGCUCUUGGGUCUGCAUGGGGAGAGACCCCAGAAUGGGGCAGGGGGGAGGAAGGAAGCUUAAAGGAACCCCCGCUUGAUCUCCACUUACAUUGUUUCCUGGAAGGAUCUUUGGAGAGCCAGCGGAGACCAGUUGCCCGGCGGUGCCAGUGGAUGGAAGAUCCCUUCUGAGCCUGGCAGAGAAGGCUUGAAUUCUUCCAUUUCUCCCUGAUAGGGUUUGGGAGAUUAAUAAUGUUCUGAGGUCCUUCCAGGAAUGGGGAGUAAUUGGGUGGAUCUCACAAAUCUUUCUCCUGAUCUGUCUUCCAGAGGGAUCCCCACGGAUAAAAGUCAAGGUCAGAAUUCUUCACUAGCAUGUGGUGGAUUUGGUCUUCUCCCCUUAUUCUUGCCUCCCAUGAUGGAGCCUAUGAAAGUGGACAAAAUGGAGUCACCGUUGUUCACUGAAUCAUCUCCUGUUGGUGAAGGUGAAAGAACUGCCGGAUUCCUGACUCAGGGUCCUGUGUCCUUUAGGGAGGUGGCCAUCCAUUUCAACAGUGAAGAGUGGUUGCUUCUUGAUCCCAGCCAGAAAGCUCUGUAUCAAGAAGUCAUGUUGGAAACGUCUAGGAUCGUGGCUUCUUUAGCAUUUGAUACGCAGAAGAAGGAAAACAACCAAGAGCCAAAAUUAGUGUCAUUGCUAAUAAUAAAAACUAAAAUUCCUGAGGAGACAUCUAUAAAUAAGUGGGGAAGGAGGAAACAUGAAAAGAAGAACAAUCGGAGAGAAAAAUCAAUUCGUGAAUGUGUAAAAAUGGAUUGUUUCCUGACCCAACGUGAUUCCAAAGAAAAUACAGGGAAAUGUCAAAGUAGAAAAAGAUUCAAAGCAAAGCCCAAUGUCAGUAACCGCUGCAAAACUGGAAAAAGCUCCAGCAUUAAUAAUGUUACCUCACAUAAAAUGAACCAAGUAAGGGAGAAACCCCACAAGAGUGUGCACUGUCGAAAAAGCAUUGAGAGAAGAGUUAACUUAACUUCUCGUAAAAAAAAUUAUAAAUGUGCGGAUUGUGGGAAAAGGUUCAAUAGGAAGUAUUCCCUUACAUCCCAUAAAAGGGUACAUACAGGAGAAAAACCCUUUAAAUGCAUAGAAUGUGGGAAGAGCUUCAGUAGUAGUAAUUACCUGAUGUGCCAUAAAAGGAUCCAUUCAGGAGAAAAACCUUAUAAAUGCUUAGAUUGUGGGAAAAGAUUCAGUAUGUCGAAUUCCCUUUCUUCCCAUAAAAGAAUACAUACUGCAGAAAAACCCUUUAAAUGCAUAGAAUGUGGGAAGAGCUUCAAAAGUAGCAUGUACCUGAAGUGCCAUAAAAGGAUCCAUUCAAGGGAAAAACCUUAUAAAUGUGUGGAUUGUGGGAAAAGAUUCAGUAUGUGGAAUUCCCUUACAUCCCAUAAAAGGACACAUACAGGAGAAAAACCCUAUAAAUGCAUGGAGUGUGGGAAGAGCUUCAGUGUNUGGUUUAAGGCAAUAUAA